GUGAAGUAAACACACAAACAAACAUAUUUGGAACAUCUAAAUUUCUGUUGGGACCUGUUACCAAAUUAUAAGUUAAUUAAAUAUCUAUAAAAUGUAUUAAGUAUAUUAUUUUUUCACUCAACGUGUAUUACUGACUGAAAACUAUGGAAGUAACCUGCUUUCGCUUGUACGAUGGUGAAGAGAAUUAAAAGUGACUGGUGAUAUUGUCUGAUUAUUUCUCAGAAACCUGUUAUCAAAAUGGGCAUAACAUCGUUUAUACCAGAUACGGACGACCCUAAACUUAAAAUUGCUCUCAACUAUUUAAAUAUUGCUAUGAAAAACCAGCGCCUAAAACAUGGAAUAGGUCUUGAUGAAGAUUUAUUUUUGAAGAAUAAGAACAAUUAUACAGAAGAAUUUGGAGGGACUAAUGAAUCAGACCUAAUUAUUCCGCCCAGUGAAACUGCCAGCAAUGAUUCAUUUCAUUCUUGCCAUUCCUUUCUCAGCUUUGCUCCUACAAAACAUAACGACAGUGGUGGAACUGGCAAAGACAUUUUUCCACGGCGAACAAAGUCCCCUAAGGGUAAAGACUCCGGUCGUAAGGUCACUAUGGUAAACGCAAUUUUUCUAAGCCAUGGUACCGGAGAAGUGGUAAAAAUAGAGAGACCAACAAUGGCACUACUGAAAGAAAAACACAGUGAAAUUAUGAAAACGGCUGAAGUAAAUUUAGGACCAUCUUCAAAUAUUUUUAAACCUUUUUGUACACAGGCGUACUCGUGUAAUAUUGAUCAACCUACAGGCUUGGAAAAUGUGAACAUGAGUGCCAAUGAAACACUUCUAAAGGGUGACUUCCUUAAAAUGAAUAAUACAAAAGUCAACAAGGAAGAUAAAGAAGUAGGAGAGUCAUUUGACUCAAAUGAAACGUUACUUAAAAAGAAUGAAGGAGACAAGUAUGAUUUAAAUAUGAAUGUGCCGAGGGAAGGUUGGAUACAAACCUCAGAAAAACAUUGUGGGAGCCGAUUGCAGAAACAAUAA